AUGGAUGAGUAUUUGAAACCUGGAUUUGAUCCCAGGUCAUUAAAGGUCGCACAGCUGAGAAGAAUAUUAACAGAAAAUAAUGUUGAAUUCCCAUCUCAUUCUAAAAAGGCAAUGUUAGUGAGAUUAUUCGAAGAAAAUGUUGGACCCAGAUUACCAAAACUAAGGAAAAAACAUGCAAAGGCAUUAUCUAAUAUUAAUGGCAAAGGGGUAAGGACAAGAUCAGCAGCUAAAACUAAAUCAAGGGACAGCUCAGAUGAUUCUUCGAAAAAAUCGAGGAAAAGACGUGUUAGCAGUGUCAGUGGUGAUGAUAAUGAGGGUCAUAAUAAAAAUGAAAACAAUGAAGACGAUGAAGGUGAUGUGAACAUGGAUGAAGCUAAGCCAAGUAGUUCCCGUGGUAGUACUAUCAAGAAUAAGAACAAGAAGAGAAAGAGAAUUGGUGAUGAUUCUCAAAACACGCCAAUAAUUGAGAAAGUGGCUAAGAAAAGUCCAAGCAAAUCACCUCGUAAGUCUUUAGUCAUUGAAAAAUUCGAAUCCUCGGAAUCUGCAUCAGACUCUGCAUCAGACUCUGCAUCGUUGUCAUCUUUCAGUAAUAAAAAGGAAGAAAAUUCCCCUACAGAUUUAAGCCAUUUGAAGGUGUCUGAUGCAUUUGCAGCUCAAUGGAAAAAGGCAUUGAAUAAUGAUGAGGGAGCCGAAUUCGUUAAGGGGGAAAAACCAAAUGUAUUUCCGGCAGAUGUGGAAGGAGAUGUAACCUUUGGAUCACCAUUAAGGAUUUCUACGCCGGAAUUACCUACGCAGAAACAUGUGGAUGAGACUGAAGAACGUGUAAAGAAGUUGGAAAAAGAGGCACAACCGCAGGUUAAUAAGGAGUCUCCAAAAUUGAACGUAGAGAAGAAGAGAGAACUAGAAGUGAAUGAAAGACCGGCGGAGAAGCAGGAGCCAGAGGUGAAAUUAGAAGAACCGGACAUUAAACUGCAGGAGAUCGAGGAACCUGAUGUGGAAGAAGAUGAAGAGGAGAAAGAGGAAGAGGAAGAAUCCACCCAUGCCGAAGAGAAACCUGUGGAACAAAUUACCCCCGUGCCAUGUUUCUGGAAACGUUCUUUCAAAUUCAUUGGUAAAGCAAUAUAUAACCUUUCGAUCUUCAGUUUUAUCGUAUUCCCUAUUCUUUAUGGGUUAUGGUACCGUGAAUCAAGAAUCUCGGUAGGAUAUUGCGGACAGGAAUUACCUCCACCAUCGCUACCUGAACAGCUGGGAACAUUGCCUUUUUCCCUACCUAAACCUAAUUGUCUGCCAUGCCCAGAUAAUGCUUUGUGUUAUCCUCGAAUGCAAUUGAAAUGCAGACCAGAAUAUGCGUUGAAACGCAAUCCAUUUUCAUUGUACGGAUUAUUACCUUUAUCGGAUUCGUGUGUAAAAGACAGUGAAAGGGAGAAGCUUAUUGGAGAAGUGGUUGAUAAAUCUCUUCAGUUUCUUCGAGUGAAAAAUGCUCGAGUUGCAUGUGGUGAAUGCAGCGAUGAUAUCAAAUGUGGAAUUUUGGAAGAUGAAUUAUACCAAAUUUUCUACGAGAGUAAAGCUCCCUGGAUUAACGAUGAAGAAUUUGAUGAAUUAUGGAUUCAAGCAGUGGCGGACUUAAAAAAGGAGCCCGAAAUUACAUGGAGGCAAGUGAGUACUACUGAUUUUUUGAAGAAUUUUGAAGUUUUUACAAGAAUAUUUGAUACUAACAUCGUUGAAUCUUGGCAGUCAUCAGAAGGUGAGUAUAGAAUUCACGGAGACUCCCAGAACCAAACUGAGACCGAUGAUAUUUCGAGGAAGGAAAGACAUUUUCCAAAAGCAGGGAACCAGACUGGGAUUUUUCGCUCGACAUCCAAGAAGUACAUUGGCUUAAGAUGUAAAUUUGAAAAUGAAAUUUACCGAACUUGCUAUAGAAAUCGAAAAUUGAUUAUUCCACUUAUAUUAGGAGCUCUUCUUGGUAAAUUCCUGCUGUCCAUUAAUAGGAAGUUAAGUCAAGAGAAGGCGAAGGUGGAUAAGUUGACCAGGAAAGUGGUGGAUAGGUUGAAAAGUACGAAGAGAUCAGAGGAAAGUGAAACCCCGUUUUUGAGUACCGUUCAAUUAAGAGACGUCCUUCUUUCUGAUGUGGUAGAUUUGAAAUAUAAGAACCGUCUGUGGCAAAAGUGUUCCAAGAAAUUGGAACAUAACAAUACUAAUAUUAAGUCUAGUUUGAUGGAGAUUCAUGGUGAGAUUAUGAAGUGUUGGGAAUGGAUAGGACCUCUUGAGGAUGUAAGAGAUGACAAAGACACAGGAAACCAAACGCACUAA